AUGCAGCCCCUCGACCUGCGCGACUUCCAUACACAGCUCCUUCUCUUCCUCGAUGAAUACGACUUCGCCGUCAAACUUCCCGACCUUGACCUCUCCGCAGUCGAGACAGAGUGGCUGCGCUUCAAGUCUAACAUCCCUGAAGUCUGGAAACUCAACAAUGACGGACGCGAGUUCCAGGUUGGUGAGGCUGCCAAAGCCAGGGGACUGACUGCAAAGCACCCGGUUGUAUUGGUUCCAGGGAUUGUGUCCACUAGUCUGGAGAGCUGGUCGACAGAACCCGAAUACAGGACCUUUUUCCGCGAGAAGAUGUGGGGCGGAUUCAACAUGAUCACCCAAGUCACGUUCAACCGCGAUCGCUGGAUAUCCGCCAUGAUGCUCGAUCCCCACACUGGCCUCGACCCCCCUGGUGCUAAGGUGCGCGCUGCGGAGGGCGUUGCCGCCGCCAGCUCGUUCGUCCAGGGGUAUUGGAUCUGGUCCAAGGUCAUCGAAAAUCUUGCGGUCGUCAACUAUGAUACCAACAACCUACAUCUCGCACCUUACGAUUGGCGUCUUUCACUCUCGAAUCUCGAAGAGCGCGACGGAUACUUCUCCAGAUUGAAGUCCACUAUUGAGGGUCUUCGGAAACGUCAGAAAAGCAAGGUGGUCAUCGCGGCACAUUCGAUGGGCAGCACGGCAAGUCGUCGCCCUUUGCUGCGAAUUAGAUGGGUCGAAUCGCCAGAGCACGGGAAUGGCGGGCCUGAUUGGGUCGAGAACCAUAUCGAGACCUACAUCAGCGUCGCCGGAACGCACCUUGCAAAGGCUAUGUCCGCCUUCCUGUCGGGCGAGAUGAAGGAUACGGUGCAAAUGAAUCCUGCGGGCGCAUACGUGCUCGAGCGUUUCUUCUCGCGCAAAGAACGGCAAAAGCUCUUCCGCAGCUGGGCGGGCAGUGCGAGUAUGUGGAUCAAGGGUGGCUCAGACGUAUGGGGCAACACCUCUUUUGCGCCGGACGACCCAGCAGACGCAACUCACACGCACGGCGAAUUAAUUGCUUUCCGGUCCCUUGCAUCAUCGACAACAGGCACACGCAACAUGACUGCAGACGAAGCAAGCACUUGGAUCCUUGAGCGAACGCCGUCUGCGUUCCAGAAGAUGAUUGACACAAACUACAGUUUCGGGAUCGAGCGAGACGAGGAGGUGCUAAAGAGGAACGAUGGAGACCCAACGAAAUGGAACAAUCCUCUCGAGGUCCGGCUACCAAACGCACCGUCAAUGCGUAUCAUCUGUGUAUACGGACAUGGCAAGGAUACCGAGCGUUCAUACUGGUAUGCCCACGGCCCGCAAGCAUAUGGUGACCUUGCCGUCGACGCAGCCACCACUGAGCCCGUAUGCGACGACACUGAGGACGCUGAGGAUGACGCCAGUGGAACAGAGUGUAGCUCUCGCAUGCCGCUCGAGCUUCCGCUUGCACAGACGAGUUGGAUUGACUCGGAGUACACGGAUGAGAGCGUCGUGCCUAAGGUCAGAAACGGCGUGAAGAUGGGAGAAGGUGACGGCACUGUAUCGCUCCUCUCUUUAGGUGCAAUGUGCGUCGAGGGGUGGAAACGCCCACGAUGGAACCCGGGCGGCAUCAACAUCACGACGGUUGAGCUUCCGCACCGUCCGGUUCCCACCAUACCUCGCGGUGGCGCGAAUACGAGUGACCACGUCGAUAUCCUUGGUUCGACGGGUUUGAACGAGAUUAUUCUCAAAGCGGCGACGGGCGCGGUGGAAGAAAUCGAGGACUCAUUUGUGUCACGAAUACGAGAGUAUGCGGCACGAAUCAAGUGGGACUAG